AUGGCGGCCAAGUUUCUUUCUUUUAAUCAGGAACUCAAUGAGGCUGUCGACCUCAAGGACUGGGUGAAGGAGGAACCGGUGCCGGACGAGCCGCUUCCUCUGCGGUACGUGUGGCACGUUUGGGAGCAGGUGCAACAGGACGAUCGGUCAAAGGAGUACUCAGACAACACUCGGGAUUUGGCAGCCUUUGACACUGUACAGAAAUUCUGGCAGCUGUGGUCUUUCAUUCCCCAGCCCAGCGAGCUUCUGGACCACAAGCGGAUGGUCAGGCAAGACAAGAACGGGCGGAGCCAUGUCGUCGACGCUGUGAUGAUUUUCAAAGAAGGGAUCAAGCCAAUGUGGGAGGAUCCCCGAAAUGCGACUGGCGGGCACUUCGAGUAUCGCCUUUCCUACCCGCAGAUGAGUGCCGGGCAGAUUGACGAGUACUGGAACAAUUUGGUUCUUGGCCUUAUCGGCAGCACUGUCGAAGGCAGCGAUCACAUCACCGGUGUCCGUCUGGUUGACAAACUCAGUCAAGGGCGUCAUUCCUGCAUCAGAAUUGAAAUCUGGUACAGCAAGUUGCCAAGCAGAGAUGUUCAGGACGCUCUGCUGAAGGAAAUCAACAAAUGCAUGGCAACAAAAAUUGAUGGAAGUGUCGGUGCGCUUCCAAGGGCGGACAUCAAGAACCAUGGAAAGUAG